AUGAAAGCAGAAUUCAAAUCUCUCUUCCCUCCCACAUGUUCAAUCUUUUUUUUAGUGGUUUCCCCAGAGAUCUUUAUCAUUAACGCAACCUUCAUUUUGCUCAUUCAUGGAGUUGUAUUUAGUACCUCUAAGAAAGAUGAUUAUCCACCGUUAGUCAGUAAUGUGGGUUGGCUUGGAUUACUUAGUGUUCUAAUAACCUUGCUUCUGCUCGCCGCUGGCGCACCUCUCCUAACUAUUGCCCAUUUAUUCCGGAAGAAUCUUUUUAGGAGGGACAAUUCUACAUAUUUCUGCCAAAUCCUUCUAUUAUUAAGUACGGCUGGUACCAUUUCGAUGUGUUUCGAUUUUUCCGAACAAGAGAGGUUUGAUGCUUUUGAAUUCAUUGUAUUAAUUCCACUUCCUACUCGCAGUAUGCUCUUAAUGAUCUCGGCUCAUGAUUUAAUUGCCAUGUAUUUAGCUAUUGAGCCUCAAAGUUUAUGUUUUUAUGUGAUCGCAGCAUCAAAAAGAAAGUCUGAAUUUUCCACGGAAGCCGGUUCGAAAUAUUUGAUCUUAGGUGCAUUUCCCUCUGGAAUAUUCUUGUUCGGGUGCGACCGGACUACUACCGAUCAAAUUUUUAAAACUUCUUUUUAGACUUGUGGGUGGAGACCCUCUAUGUAGUUGUCUAUCUAGGGCAAUCGAUCUACUUCCCCAUAGCCAUGAGGCUGUGUCUUGAUCUCCUACGUGCGAAAGAUGGGGGAGACGGGGUCCUUCCUAUGUGGAUUCCCCUUGGUCUAAUUCCACGACGGAGAGUCGGCGUGGCGUAAAGUGAAGAUUGGGGGGAGUAGAGCGAAAUCCCCGUCUGGGGUAUUCCGAAGGUGUAACCUAGGCAACGAAAAAGGGGCCCGAUACUUCAACUAGAGGAGCGACUCGUUGGUUCACCAAACCCCGACCCAGCCUCACACGUUCUCCAGGUCCGAAGGGAUCCAGUGCCCAACUACCGACUCCUCCCGGAAUUGCGUUAUCGGAGCCGAGCCAGGAAUAGCCAUUAGUGGACACCUACCACUUUUCACCGGUUAGAGAGGCCCUCUUUAAUACAUUAAGAAAAUAUGUUCACAGGGGCCAGAAAGACUCGGUGUCAUAGGAACUUAGACCACCUACGCGCUGGUAAACGAAAACCACCUCGACCGGAUCGGAUCUACCGAAGGCAGGCCGCCCCGUCGAAAGAAUUAGCACGCCAAAAGGCCACCAGCUUUCCCCCCAAAAAAAGGGGAGAUCCGCAGCUUACUGCUCACGGAAACAUCCGUCAAGUCGUCCGCGUAUCUUUCUGAUCUCUUUCUAUUCAUCAUAUUUUUGGCUUUGCCCAAGUUGAUGGUGUUGGCUAAAAAAAUUAAGGGGAAGAGAGGAAUUGAGUCAGUUCAAAAAAUCGGUUAGGAAUCGUACCGCUUCUUUGAACCAUUCGCUAUUGACCCCAUUCCUCUUCAUAUCGUCUACUAUUUCAAUUCAAAUAGAAGGGGUCAUGUGAGUCGCCAUUUACCCAAUUUUUUUGAUUUGAGAUGUCCCCCUAUUUUACCACGCGUCGGGUAGAAAAGGGACCUUUCCUGAACAUAAGGAGGUUAACACACGUGUGAUUUCCGCAUCCACGAGGAUCCAUAUGGAAGGGCGGCGCCUCUGUAAUGUCGGCAUAUAUCUAGUGUCUCCUCUCUUCCAAAAAAAGA